CAAAAGAAUCUAACACGUAAAAUUUGAUUGGUCAAAUAAAACUAUGGCGGGUGAAAUUCUAAUUGAAAAAUGUUCGUAUUUACCUAAAUUAAGGGAAAUCGUGAGGAGCUCUAUUGAUCAGCAUCAGUAUGAUACAGCAUUAUUCUGGGCAGACAAGGUGGUGACAUUAUCUAAUAACAACACCGAAGACAUAUACUGGUAUGCACAGACAUUAUAUUUAACAGAGCAGUACCACAGAGCAUCCAACCUACUAUGCACGCAACAAUUAGACAAAAAGAACCCUGCUUGUCGGUACCUUGCAGCAAAAUGCCAUUAUGAGUGCAAAGAAUACCAGGAAGCCAUUGACAUUCUCGCCUGUGCAGAUAACUCACCAUGUAAAAGCAAACACGUCGUACCAAAGCCUCCACUUGACAACAUCGCAUUCUCAUUGAAGGGAAAUGUGGAUAGUUCAAUCAGUCUUCUAAGAGGCAAAAUCUAUGAGGCAAUGGACAAUAGAACUCUUGCAGCUGAUUGUUUCCGUGAGGCUCUUCAGCACAAUGUUUACUGCUAUGAAGCAUUUGAGAUGUUGGUGAACCACCACAUGUUGACUGCUGAGGAAGAACGUGAUCUGAUAGAGAGGCUUCCCUUGAGCAGUCAGUGUACAGAUGAAGAAAUAGAACUCGUCAGGUUCCUUUAUGAAAAUAAACUGAAAAAGUACAGUAAACCAAAUGAUCUGUCCCUGCCAACAAGCCUGGAUGCUCUCAGUGAGAACUUAGAUGUAAUAGUGAACCUGGCUGAAAGACACUACUACAACUGCUCCUUCAGAGAGUGCUUUAGGAUCACAUCACUAAUUCUAAGGAAGGAUCCUCACAACUACAGCUGUCUCCCUCUCCAUAUAGCAGUAUUAAUAGAGCUUCAUAAGUCUAAUGCAUUGUUCUCCCUGGCCCACAAACUAGUUGACCUCUACCCCAGUAAACCAGUAUCAUGGUUCGCUGUGGGGUGUUAUUAUUUGCUCGUUGGAAAAAAUGAGGCUGCUAGGCGGUAUCUGAGCAAAGCUACAACUUUGGAUCGUGUGUUUGGACCUGCUUGGUUAGCAUUUGGACAUUCAUUUGCUGUAGAGAAUGAGCACGACCAAGCAAUGGCAGCAUAUUUUACAGCUUCACAGUUAAUGAAAGGGUGCCACUUACCAAUGUUAUACAUAGGUUUAGAAUAUGGUCUCACAAACAACCCGAAACUUGCAGAGAAAUUCUUCACCCAGGCACGGGAAAUUGCACCAGAGGAUCCAUUUGUGCUUCAUGAGAUGGGAGUAGUCUCUUUUCAAAAUCAUGACUGGGAGGCUGCGGAAUGUUAUUUCAAGAAAGCCCUGGAGAAGAUUCAAACUGUCAGUGAAGAACUAAUCCCAGAGAAAUGGGAACCGUUACUUAGCAACCUGGGACAUUGUUGUAGAAAACUCAAAAAAUAUGAUGAUGCUUUAGAGUACCAUCAACAAGCAAUGAUACUCUGCCCCCAGAAUCCUUCAACACUCUCUGCAAUAGGCUACAUACAUAUCCUCACUGGCAACACUAUCACUGCAGUAGACUAUUUUCAUAAGGCUUUGGGUCUGAAGAGAGAUGACACUUUCUCCACUACAAUGUUGGGGGCUGCAAUAGAGCAGAUGAUGGGGGACAUAGCCCCAUGUGAUGAUGUACCUGAUGAACUACCAGCCUAUGAAUAUAGUGGGAAACUGCCCAAACCAUCCCCAGAUGCUAGCUCUGUAACUCUUGACCUUGACCCACAGACUGGGAGCCCUCUUGAGGCAGAUAUGUUAACUACACAUAGUAAUGUCCUGAUGGCACAAAAUGAUGACCUUGGUGCCCACAAUGAGACUGCAGAUGAUAGUAUUUUACCUAGCAUGGAAAGUGCACUCAUGGACACCCCAUUAGCAGACACUCCUAGGACUCUUCCUGACACAUCUAUUCAAGAUGUGUCUCUCCAGGACACUUCUCUCAACGAUAGCAGUAUGAUGAUCGAAGAGGUUGAAAUGGAGGAUAAUGAUUGACAAACAUUGAAUUAUGCUUAACUCCAAGAGUAACAUGAUUUAACAAAAUGAAAAUUUUACCAUAAUGAAUAUAAAUAUGAUGUGAAGAAAAAUAUUAGAUUCAAAUAGAAAUUGUGCCGUAGGACUUUUGAUUGGUGCGAUUUUUUCCAUGGAAAAUUUGUCUUUUGGUCGUCCUUAAAGAAAAGGUUAUUUCAUGUCACCAUUUCCUGUGAAAAUAGCUACUAAUCUGAUGUUUUGCUUGAAAUACUGAAUGAAUGUUAUGAAAUAUUUAUCUCAGAAUUUUAUGUUUUCUGGAAAGGUCAGUCUAUAUUAUCACCUCAUACAAUAUUAAAAAUAAAUAUUUACUCAUGGACGGAUCAAAGUCAUUAGGGUAAACUACAAUCAGCAAGGUCAUCUAUAUGUAGUUUCAUCGACCUUGUCGAAUUUUACAUUAUAUUAAUCUAUGUGGAAAUAAAGAAAUC